GCUAGGCCCCCUCGUGCCCGGGCCCUGGGACCAUCACUUCCCGCCCGUUCUCUUCUUGCGCCUCGUCGUCAGACAGUCAGUCACUCAUCACUCUUUCGUUCGCUCCCUCGCUCGUCCCGCAGCUACUCACUCUUCCGACAAUCAAGCAGCCUCCGCACUGCACCUCGAGCGUAUCCGAGUCGAGCGUCGAGAGCUACUUGAUCGCGAUCGAAGGAUUCUGUUCGGGAUCAGUGUCUGGACAGUGUCACUGUAGAUGCGCUGAAGCUGGAGGAAUUCUUUUUUCUUCUUCUCUGAAAGUGGGGACUCAGAGCGCAGCGAGUGGAGUGAUCGUGAAUUGUGCCGCGUCGCCGGCUUGGAGCCGGGUCUUGGGUGCCGAGGAUCGGGUCGUGCAGAAAACCGACGAUGAGGUAGAUGAUCCGGAGGAGGAGCUUUUUGAAAACGCCGGACGCGAAGGAGGAUGAGCAUUGGUGAAAACUGCCGUUGAUGGCGUCGGCCGGCGAUCGAAGAGCGUUCUUGGCUGUUAGCUGCAUCAUUUUGGAGAAAAGUUGGAGAUUAGGUUUCUCUGGAAUCAUCUCCAGCUGAAUCCAGUCGGGGGCAUGGAAUUCAGUGAUACUUACAAGCAUAGUGGCCCUUGUUACUUCUCACCGGAUUCGAGGUUCAUUGCUGUUGCCGUGGAUUACCGCCUGGUCAUCCGCGAUGUGACCUCUCUGAAGGUUGUUCAGCUGUAUUCUUGCCUUGACAAAAUUAGUCAUGUCGAAUGGGCACCCGAUUCCGAAUACGUUCUUUGUGCUCUGUACAAAAAGUCUAUUGUGCAGGCGUGGUCAGUCACACAGCCUGAAUGGACUUGCAAAAUUGACGAAGGAGCUGCGGGCAUGACUCAUGCCAGAUGGAGUCCUGACAGUCGUCACAUACUCACAACUUCGGAGUUUCUGCUCCGUGUAACUGUCUGGUCGUUGGUGAGCAAGGCUUGCGUGCACCUACAAUGGCCCAAACAUGCUUCGCGAGCUGUCUCGUUUACUCAGGAUGGGAAGUUUGUGGCAAUCGGCACUCGCAAAGAUUGCAAGGAUUACAUCAAUUUGCUUUCAUGCAAUGGGUGGGAAGCGAUGGGCGUUUUCGAGACGGAGACAACAGAUUUCUGGGAUUUGGAGUGGUCUCCGAAGGACAGUACCAUUGCCGUCUGGGAUUCACCUCUUGAAUACAAGGUUCUCAUCUAUUCUCCAGAUGGACGUUGCCUGUUUAAAUAUUCAGCCUACGAAAAUGCUCUUGGAAUAAAGACGGUGGCAUGGUCACCAUGCGGACAAUUUUUAGGGGUGGGUAGCUACGAUCAAGCAGUACGAGCAUUGAACCACCUAACAUGGAAACCUGUUGCAGAAUUCACACACCCGAUUGUCGUGAAAGGCCCAUACAACGCUGUUGUCUUUAAGGAAAUUGAGGAAUCUCUUCACAUGGACAUCUCGAAGUUGAACAUAAAUGGAAAGAGUUCACAUGAUCGGAUGGGUUUCAAAGGAGAUCAUGGAGGCUACAGAGAAGAUGAUAGACAUGAGGGCCCUACGAGAAUCCGCUAUGAUGUUCUUGAGUUUCCAGUUACAAUGAUAUCUGUCAAGCCGCCUCUCGACAAACCUAAUCCCAAGCAAGGCAUUGGUAUACUUUCAUGGAGUCCAGAUAGUCGGUUCCUUCUGACUCGGAAUGACAACAUGGCAAAUGCCCUUUGGAUUUGGGAUGUUGCACGCUUGGAACUUUCAGCUGUUCUUCUCCACAAGGAUCCAAUACGGACUGCCGUAUGGGAUCCUGUCCAUACUCGUAUUGCUCUUUGUACUGGAACUUCAAGUCUCUUUCUUUGGACUCCAGCCGGUGCUUGCUGUGUGAAUAUUCCUCUGCCACAGUUUGUUGCAUCUGAUCUUAAGUGGAAUCCAGAUGGGUCGUCCUUGCUCCUGAAGGAUAAAGAAGCAUUUUGUGUUACAUUUGUGCCCUCUAUCUCUGAUUUUGAGGAAGCUAAUGGUCAAUGACGCAAGUGGUGUCUUGAUUUUCCUGCAGUAUGCCUGCUUCUAUGUCAGGGUAUGUAAAAUUUCCCUCGAUGAAGUUAGUCAAAACUGUCGAAGAAGCUGAAUGCCAAGCUUGACCUGAACCCUGUACUAGUAGAGAAGAGGCAGCUUUGUUCUUUGAAAUCUUGCGCCACUGGAAGUUGGCAAACUGGAGGAGUAGGUUUUGUAGCUCUAACAGAUAUGGGAUAGUUGUCGAUGAUUUAGCUUUUUCUGCAAGAAAGGUAGGACUAUUGCAACUCAUUGACGUUUUUUGUAAUAGACAGUUCAGCUUCAUUUGUUCAGCCGUUGAUAUUUCACCGGAGCUAAGUUGCGUCCAGGCCCAAUAGUGGGGAUUGUAUAAUCCUAACAUGGUUGUUGUUCGAAUUUCUGAGACAGGAGUUGUAGAAGUAUUUAUUGGGGUUUCAUUCUACCCCACAAACAUGCGCUUUUCAAGCAGCAUGUUAAAAUUUGUAGUACCAGGACGGUCUAGAGGAGGAAGUCAAAGAAUGAUGUAAUGCCGGAGAACAACAUGAGCUGAACUUGUUAUGCCGGAGAAAAAAGCGAGCUGAACAACCGGCUAACUUUUUUUGCUGUUCUCAUUAUGCAAGCUACUUUCGUAGGAUAGCCACUAACUAUGAAGAACUGAAUUUCCUCUGUAGUAGCUCGAGUAGGAGUUCAUGGAGCAUCUGUAGCCUUCUGAACUCUCAGAAGUUGACACCAGGCUAAAUAACUGUCCUCUUUAGCAAACUUCCUUGGAAGUUUCGGGUGUAAUCUAUUGUAUAUGGGGACGAACUCAAGUCUUGAAUAAAGUAAUGGUCGAG